AUGACGGAGGCUGUGAUUAAGGCUGCACUUGAAAGUUUGAGCUCACUCAUUCAGAAAGAGCUCUGUUUGUUUCUGGGUGUCGGGAGAGAAAUGAGAAGGCUUUCAGGGGUCCUCACUAGAAUUAAGGCUGUGCUCGAAGAGGCUGAGAAGAAGCAGCUCACCAACAAAUCUCUCAAGUAUUGGCUGCUCGACCUUCGAGAUGCAGCUUACUUGCUGGAUGACAUCUUGGAUGAGUGUUCCACGGAGGCCCUUUCGUUGGAAUACCAAGAGGAGGUACAAGCCUCUUGCUUAUACUAUUUCAAUCUCUCUCAUGUUAUGUUCCGCUGCAAAAUUGCCAAGAAAUUGAAAGGCAUCAGUCAAAGACUUUAUCAAAUUGAUGAGGAAAAGUCGAGGUUUCAGUUAAGCGAGACGGUUCACGAGGGGAAGAAUGAAGUGAUGGAACGGCGGCAAACUACCUCAAUCAUUACUCAAACCCGAUUCUUUGGAAGAGAAGCAGACAAGGAGACAAUUGUGGACUUUUUGGUUGGUGAUGCUUCUAAUUUGGAGGACGUAUCAGUGUAUCCAGUUACUGGUAUUGGCGGUCUCGGGAAAACUACCCUUGCCCAGCACGUCUUCCAUGAUCAGAGGGUGGUUAGUCAUUUUGAGCCACGAAUUUGGGUAUGUGUUUCUGAGAAUUUCAAUUUGAAAAGGCUGUCAAAAGAUAUAAUAGAGUCAGCUACAAGGCAACCUUGUGGAGAUUUAGGUUUAGAACCAUUACAAGGACGGGUCCAACAGGAGCUUGGAGGAAAAAGAUAUUUGCUUGUCCUGGACGACGUGUGGAAUGAUAACCAGGGGAAAUGGGAUGAGUUGAAAUAUGUUUUGGCCUGUGGAUCAAAGGGUGCUUCGAUUCUGGUCACUACCCGUCUUAGAACAGUUGCAUCCAUUACAGGAACAGUGUCUGCUCCUCAUGAGUUAUCACAGUUGUCAGAAGAUGAUUGUUGGGAGUUAUUCAGACAACGAGCUUUUGGAUCGAAGGAGGAGGCACGCGAAGAACUUAUAACUAUCGGGAGGGAGAUAGUAAGGAAAUGCAACGGAGUUCCACUUGCUGCUAAAACUUUAGGAGGUCUUCUGCGUUUCCAACGUAAUGAAGAUGAGUGGCUCCGCAUCAAGGAAAGUCAGAUUUGGAAUUUACCACAGGAAGAAGAUUCUAUCCUGCCUGCUUUAAGAUUAAGUUAUUUGAAUUUAUCAGCAAAAUUAAGACGUUGUUUUGCCUACCUUGCAGUGUUUCCCAAAGAUCGAGGGAUGAGUAAGAAAAAGGUAAUAGAACUUUGGAUGGCUAAUGGGUUCCUUUCAACAGAUGAAGGGUUUGAAUUGGAAGGUGAUGGUGACAGAGUGUGGAAUGAAUUAUAUUUAAAGUCAUUUUUUGUGGAUGUUGAGAUAGAUGAAUCUGCAUACGACACAUGGUUCAAGAUCCAUGAUCUUGUUCAUGACUUAGCCCAGUCUGUGAUGGGGGAAGAAUGUUAUAGCGGAACACUUGAGAAUGGCCCACUUGUUGAAAGAACUUAUCACCUCUCACUUGGUGACGUUGAUCAAUCUUCUAACCUAUGGUCAUCCUAUUUGAACAAGGUCAAAUUCUUAAAAACAUUUAUAAUGCUAGAGGAUUAUUAUUCUCAGGUCGACACUUGUUGUGAUGGAUUGCUGAAAUGUUAUCAUUUGCGAGCGUUUGACCUCAAGUUUUCAAAUGAGGUGUCAUCUUCCAUUGACCAAUUAAAACAUCUGAGGUACUUGAACCUUUCUCAUGGUCGGUUUACAAUACUUCCUGAUUCGAUAUGUAGAUUGUGGAACUUGCUAAUUUUGAAUUUGAACAUGUGUGAUUCUCUCAAAAUGUUGCCUAAUAAGUUGAAGUGCUUAAAAUCUCUCCGUCAUCUACAUUUGGAAGGGUGUUUGUCAUUAUCUAGAAUGGCCCCUGGGAUGCGUCAACUAACUUGCUUGAAAACCUUAAGUGCAUAUGUUGUCGAUGUGCAGGAAGGGUUCUUAUUGGAAGAAGUAGAGAAUUUGAACCUUGAAGGAACACUCUCCAUCAAGCGCUUGGAGAGAGUAACAAGUGAGACGGAUGCCAGAAAGGCCAGGUUGGCUGAUAAGCGCCUCAACAAGCUGGAGUUGUCUUGGGAAAGGAAUGAGCAAUCCCAAUUACAAGAAAAUGAGGAGAAAAUUCUUGAAGUUCUUCAACCUCACGCGCAACUUAAAAGUUUGAUUGUAAAAGGAUAUCUUGGUACCCAACUCCCACAAUGGAUGAUCAAUCCCACGCUCAAGCAUUUAAUUUCCCUACAGCUCGUGGGUUGUAAAAGUCUUGUGUGCAUUUCAUGCCUAGCAAAACUUCCGACUUUGAAGCGUUUGAGCUUGACGGACAUGAAUCACGUGCAAUAUAUAGAUGAGGAACCUUAUGUUUAUGGGGUUGACAGAGGUUUCCAAGUUCUGGAAAAGCUACAGCUGUCAGAGCUACUAAGCCUCGUAAAGUUGUCAAGGGAGGAUGGAGACAACAUGUUCCCACGUCUCUCAACGUUGGACGUCACUAAUUGUCCGCAACUAAACUUGCCUUUCCUUCCAUCCGUCACUCAACUACAAGUUGCAAGGGGAUGUAGCAAGGUGUGUGUUGGUUCAAUUCAAAAUCUGCCCAAUCUUGAACGCCUUCUUUUGAAUGGAUAUGUAGGGUUGACUCCCCCUCCAGAAAAGAUGUUAGAGGGCCUUCAGCACCUCAAAGAACUCCGACUUUUCUGUUUUCCCAAACUUGAAGUUCUCCCAACUGGACUCGCCAACUCGAAGGCUCUCGAACAAUUGCACAUUAGUUAUUGCGAGAACCUUGAGACAAUAACAGAGGAAGUGUUGCAAGGGUGGUGUUCUCUUAAAAUAUUCCGUAUUUGGGGGUGUCCUAAGUUCAAACUGUCUGCAGGUUUCGGACACUUCAUAGCCCUUGAACUUCUAACUAUUGCCGGAUGCGCAAGGCUGGAAGAUAUCCCUGAUGAUUUACAGCAUAUUAUGACCCUUCGAUCGUUGCAAUUGCGUGAUCUCCCAAAUCUAGCCUCCUUGCCUGACUGGUUGGGGAACCUUGGGUUGCUUAAGUCAUUGGAUAUAUACGAAUGCCCCAAGUUGAUGUCACUUCCAACGAGUAUUCAGAGCCUUGCAAAUUUGAAAUCUUUGUCCAUUUACGGUUGUCCGGAGUUAGGGAAGAGAUGCAACGAGAAAACAGGGGAGGAUUGGCACAAAAUUGCUCGUGUUCCAUAUCUUUCUAUAGGAGAUUAA